GCAACCGGUGACAUCAUCCCUCAAUCACUUCAUUGUAUCAACCCUGCCUAUAUUUUCAAUCCAUUCCCAUUGAACCAGCAUCAUCUCAACAUCAAUUCAACUUACUAUCUAGUAGUGUUUCACCAAUUUACCCUGCCCUUCUUGACUUAAAGCACCAAUCAAUCACUCAACAUGGAAGACCCAGCCUCCGAAAUCACCACCAUAAUCCACCACCUCACCCAAUCCACCCCGCAAGACCAAGAGCGCACGAUCCAGAGAUUCUUCACCCCGUCCGCCGCCUUCGUCCACCCCUUCUGCCGCGUCUGGAGCUACCCGGGCAGCCGCUGGUUCAUCGAGAAGAUCUACCAAUGGUACAAGAUCAUGUCCCCGCGGAUAGAACUGGAGGUGCAAUCGGUUGCAUUCGACAAACCCAGUCUGAAACUGUACCUCACCAUCUCCCAAAUCUUCUCCAUCUGGCUGGUGCCCUUCCACGUGGCGCCGGUGACCCUGACCACGGUCCUCGACCUGACCACCGACCCGGAGGACGGGCGCACCCCCGUCCAGGGGUCCGGGAAACGCUACUACAUCAAGAAGCAGGAGGACUUCUACCAGCCGUCGGAGUUCGUCAAGUUCGUCAUGCCCUGGGGGCUUGGGCAGUUGUUGGUGCUGGCGGCGCAGACGUGGGCGACGCUGUUUUGUAUUGUGGGGUGUGCGGUCUUUUGGCCGCUGAUGUGGUUGGAGGAGAAGGGUGUGGUGCCGGGACGGGUGUUGCGGAAGGGGAACUUGGGGGGGGAUGUGGUGGGGUGGGAGAAGAGGAGGUUUUUGAUGGUUAAUGGGUGUGAAGAGGAUAAUGAGGGGGAGAAGAAGGGGGAGGGAAAGGGGGGGCAGAAGGGGGAGUGA